AUGUCAGGAACGAUCAGGGCAGGACACUUGGAAAUAGUGGUAGAGAAUGUAAAUGUGGUGAAGGUGUAUGGUGACGAAAAUUUGACUACUUUGCUCAGCCAGAAAUUUGAGGAACAUUUCGGUAACAAUAUUGUUGUAAGUACUGGAAGACUCAUCCUUGGACCACUUGCAACAGAGACUAACGUAACAUCGGGAAAAGCUUACCUUGGAGCACCGCUGAAAAUGGCAGUCAUACGUAUUCUCGAAAACGAAAGUUUUAAAGUCAUAAGCAUGGCGCUUAAUAAUGAAGGGUGUGAAAAGGUGAUGAUGUAUAAAGAAGCUUAGCAGCGAAGAUGAAAGGCGAGGGCAAAAUGAUACGUACAAGUAGAAGACAAAACAGCCAACAUAUUUAUUCUUAUUUCGCUUAUUUAUAUCAAUAUGGG